CUUAGACCCAUGUUACUGGAAUGCUAACAUAUGAUUGAAAGCCUCGCAUCUGAAAGCAGAGGCCCUCACCUCCUUCACCCACCAGCCUGACCAAGGCUGGAUGUCAAGGGAAAUCUCUCCCACCACUCAUUCUGUGUACGAUGAUGGUAGCAGUAAGCACAAACCCGGACAAAGAGAGAUGCAAACAAUGGAGGCCCCCACACCAGAACCUGUGUACGUUGAUGUGGACAAAGGACUAACAUUAGCAUGUUUCGUCGUCCUUUGCCUUCUCUUGAUCGUGAUGAUUAUUCGCUGUGCAAAAGUCAUCAUGGACCCUUACAGUGCCAUCCCAACUUCCACAUGGGAGGAACAGCACCUGGAUGACUGAAAGGAACACUGCGGGAAGCUUUCAGAGCACAACCCGGAUGGCCUUUUCAUUCAGAGAAGGUGAAUGUAUA